AACAGCAUGAGAGAUUUUUACGCGCUAACCUGAAGCUAGGUUUCAGCCUAGCUAGCAAGAUAACAUCAAUUUCCAGCAGCAAAUUCCGAAUAAACUCAUCACAAACAAAACGACGGUGAAGUGAAGACGAGACUCCCAACAAUGGACUGUGACGAGGACACCACCAUGUUUUCCACCUUGAAGUCCUUCAACUCCUUCAUCGGCCGCUCCGUGCGUUCGCCCCAGUUGUCGGGACCCUCGGCGGUGCACACGACCAACCUGCAGAACCAGUACAAGCGCAGCAUGGAUUUCUUGGAAGCGGCCGAGAAGGUCCAGUCGCGCAGUCGCUACCUGGAGUUGGAUCAGGAGAAGAAGCAGAUGGAGCUGAGUCACAAACGCAUUCGCGUGGAGCUGGAGAAAAGUGCCAGUGACACAGCGUGCAACUUGAAGCAAUUGGAGGAAAAGAACAGCGAAAUGGCGUCACGGCUCAAGAAGUCAGAGGAGCGCGAGACGGAGGCCGUCAAGAAGCUGGCCCAGCAAGUGGAGGCCAACCGAGAGCUCGGCAAGAACCUGGAGGGCCUCGGCAAGAAGCUGGAUGAGCGAGACGCCCUACUCGACACCGCUAACCAGACCGUCAUCGGCCUGAAGGACGAGAUCCGUGAGCUGAAACAGAAGCUCCAGAACCAGGACUCUAUCAUUUUCACAAAGACGUUGGAGAAGCAGGCGCUGCAGGAGCAGCUGGAGUUACAGCGCAGGAACUACCAGGAGAUGUCUGAGCUGUGCCAGAGACUCCAAGCGGCGCAGUCGACCUGCUCCGAGCAUGUCAUCAAGAUCAAGGAGUUAGAAAGGCGUCUCGCUCUCCAGGAGGAAGACUUCGCCAUCGUGAAGAGCAUCAAGUCGGAGGCCAGCAGGGUGCCCGACCUGGAGAAGGAGCUCAAGCGCUUCAGAGAGGAGAACAUUUUCCUCAGAGAGAGGAGAGAGAAUUGCAGCCUUCUGAAAGAGGAGGCGGAGGGCCUGAAGAGGAAGCUGGAGCGCGUGGCCAAGAGCAAAGAAGAUUUAGUCAACAUGGAACUGGAGAAGGAGAGGUUGACAGAGAAGGUCAGAGCAUGGGAGAAUCUCGGCCAAUCAACUGGACUCAACAUCAGGAAACCCGAGGAUCUGUCCAGGGAGGUGAUUCAGAUCCAGCAGAGGGAAAUUGCCCUGAAAGAACAGAACUACACACUCAGCAGCCGCGUUCGGAGCAUGAAGCGCUCGCUGUCCGAGCUGCAGGCAGAGCUGUUGCAGCAGCGCGGCAAAACGCUGGAGGAGCAGAAGAAGCGCGAGACGCACGACGUGCUCCAGCGCCGGCUGAAGAAGAGGCUUAUGCUUCUCACCAAGGAACGCGACGGCAUGCGCUCCAUCCUGGAGUCGUACGACAGCGAGCUGGCGCCCGCCGAACAUUCGCCGCAGCUCGGCAAGCGUCUGAAGGAGGCGGAUGAAUUGCUGCACAAGACGCAGAGCCUCAACACGGAGAUGGAGGUGCAGCUGGCCGAAGCACAGGACGAGAGCGCCACUCUCAAAUUACAACUUCAGACCAUGCAGUUUGAGAUGGAUUCUCUGAAGAAGCUGCAGGCCUCGACAGACGGCGGCUCCUCGGUGAGCAAAGAGGAGGUCGACAUGCUCAGGCAGAAAAUUGAAGCUCUGGAGGCGGAGCGGCAGCGUUUGGAGGAGCAGAAGGAAACGCUGGAGAUGAGACUGGAGAGGCACAACCUCCAGGGCGACUACGACUCCCUCAAUACCCGCGUGGUUAACUUCAAGAUGAACCCCACCGCCGUGGCCAAGCAGCAGCGGCAGCAGGAGUUCGAGGCCCUGCGGGAGGAAGUGGAGCGCCUCCGCGACGUGGUGCGCAAAGGGCAGGAGAGCGGCCACGUGGAUGCCGCCCUGCAGGAGGCCAAACUUAACCUGCCGCCGCCCAAGGAGGUCCUGGAUUUGCUGAAGCAAAUCAAGGCGUCGGAGCUGAAGAACCAGCGUCUGAAGGAGGUGUUCAAGCAGAAGAUCCAGGAGUUCCGCACCGUCUGCUACAUCUUGACCGGCUACCAGCUGGACAUCCCCAUUGAGAAUCAGUACCGGCUCACCUCCGUCUACGCCGAGCACGUGGAGGACUGCUUGGUCUUCAAAAAGGGUCUGUCGGGAAGCAUAGAGCUGAUGGAGACGGCGUACACGCGGACGCUGGGCGAUCUGGUGGCGCUGCACCUGCACCAGCAGAACAGCAUCCCCGUCUUCACGUCCACCCUGACCAUCGACCUGUUUGCACGGCAGACUGUCAUCACCUGACCGCGUCCGACGACGCCUUUGGUACACUCUUUUAGUUUCUGACUUUGAAAGCUUUCCUGUAAGAUAAACGUCAAAGUCGAGCAGACGUUGGUGGUCUCUUUAUUGCACCAGGUGAGACGUUGCAAAAAUAUUGGAAUGACGAUAUUUAGUUCAAACAUUUGAGGCUUUUUUUGUGAAAUGGAAAAUUUGCAAGAUUAUUUUUACUUUGUUUUUUUAUUUUCCCCUCUACUUUUUUUAAUCAUUUCUUUAGUACUUUUCCAUAAAUGUGUCUUUUUGUGGCAUCUUGAUCUCUUUUGCCUGAAUUUUAGAAAUUGUCCAUGUACUGUUUUUGUUACGUUCAAAACUCUAAUUUCAGGGUUAGGGUUUCAAACUAGGGUUAUGGUUUCAAAUUGGGGUUAAGGUAGAGUUGAAAUUUGGGCUUAAGCUUUCAAAGUAUGGUAGUAGUAAAUAAAUGAUCAUGUAUAGUAAGACUAUUUUUAAAAAGAAAAAGAAAUGACCAAGUAGAGUAACUGUUUCUAAAAAAUGUUUGUCAGCUGAGGGCAGAAAGAAGCCAGGUCUUGAUUGAGGUGUGAAGCCUCCUUAUCUUUCUGUGAUCAGGUCAUCAGCUCGCUUAGAAAUAAUUAACGUGCUAGCUGUUGAAUAUUCAGCAGCUGCCACAAAGCUGCUCAGCUUUCUCAGCUGCAUGCAUUGUGCACACACGCACACACACACACAUGCCCUCAGCGAGUCCUGUUUAAAACGACAUCAUCCUUCCCAGCCAUUAAAUGGUGAGAUGCAAUUCCACCCCAUGUUUAAUGCAUCCCGACACUUAAGGUACUGCUUUUCUUUCUUCCUUCCCACAGAGGAGAGUUGAAGGCCCGCGGGAUGACCCAUCACUUCUUCUUCUCCUACCUGUCGAAACUUUCCUUUGUGGAUGUGAGCGUGUCCCCGUCAAAAGAUAGCAGAACCUUACCGGACGGUACAAAUGAUUGCAGGCAGGCAGGCAGGCGAGUGAGUAAAGUAACGUCGAUCUUUAUUGUGCUCUUUUGAAUCGUUUAACAAGAAAAAAAUGAAAGCGUCCGACAGACUUGCGUCUCUUUGCCGAGGAAUUCACAGCGUGUCCGACGUCAAAACGGGAUCUGCCCAGUCCCGCUCUCGAGGCAUUCCCGUUUUUGUCGCCGAUGACCUCUGAGAGUCCAACCGAAAGGCGGCUGCAAUGGCAACGUUGGCGCUGCGGUUAGAAAACGGCAGUCAGAGGAAAGCCAGUCCAGUUCGGAAAACAAAAGAUGACUAGAAACACAAGAGAAGAGAUUCUUUUUUUUUUUUUUAAGGCUGCUGUUGAGUUGAAGCCACAAUCCGGCUGCCACCGCCUUCGACUGUGCUUUGUGACCCCGCCCACCCCACAAAAAACAAACAACAAAUACAAUUUGCCUUUCCUUUCUUGUCAACGUGUUCUCAGGAGAAUUUAGUACAGGUUGGCACAAAGAGUUAAGUAGGCCACAAUGGUAGACUGAAAUUCUCAACUAAAAGUCACUCCAUUGCCUUGAGGCUCAGUGUAGACAAAGAAAUAUGAAAAAUUCAAAACAAUGCUAUUUCUGGAAGUGUCAGAAUCAGACAAAAACUUAGCUAACCAAUCAGAGAAGCUACUGCACCGAGCCCUAGCCUGACAAAAACCCAAAGCCCAACCUGAAUCCCAUCUAAACCUGCCCCAAGAACCGCGCAAAUAACAAAAACCUGAACACAGCCUAAAAAGAAUCUUCAGAAAAAGAACACAAACACUAAGCCCAAGCCGAGCAAUCAAAAACAAUCCUGACAACAAAGCUAAGCUAGUGGGUUAGGUCUAAACUACCUAACAAGAACUUUGACCCUAACCCUAAAUAAGAAGCCCAACAAUGUUGCUGACCUAAGCAAAACCCUGAUUUUAGCAAGCCCAACCCGAGCAAGAACAAUCCUGACAACAAAGCUAAGCUAGUGGGUUAACUCUAAGCUAGCUAACAAGAACCCUUACAGCAGCCCUAAGCCUAAACAAGAAGCCCAACAAUGUUGCUGAUUCUAGCAAGAACGAUAAGACCCUUAUGCUAGCAAGAACCCCGAGAGCAACCGAAACAUUAGCAAGUUCCCUGACAGCCCAAACAAACGCCUCUGCCCAACACUACAAUGUGAACUUUCUUGUUAUUUUUUUUCCCCACAUUUUGACUUCCUAAUGUGCAAAAUGAAUCACUUUGUAUUUCUCGAUUUUAUUUGUCCUUCCAAUUGACGACGACCACAUUCUCGUGAGAACACGCUCAUUUCGUCUUUCAGCCGUUUUUGCACAGACAUCUUUUCCCUUGACUUUAUCGCUAUUGACAACAACUUUUCAACUUGUUCCAAAUAAAAGAUAGAGGGAAAAACUUUU